AAGGAAAUCCCGUUAAGGCCUCAGCAAAUGGGGCGCGGUUUUAAACGGUGAAUGAAACCCCCAAAAACCGGUAUUGCAUAUCCGAUGGAAAGCCCAUUCGGAUUAGCAUAUUGCUUCCUAUUAUAGUCAGUUGUGCUUCGGAGAGUUCAGCUGGGAAUUGCUACAAACCGGCAUCAAUGUGCUCACUGUACCGCAACAUCCUUCAAAUAUAUAGACUCCAAGGCCUGUCGAUCCCUCUCAGUGAGAUGGGAUUACUGAUCCGAAGGACAGGGAGCACCAGGUUUCCAACAGCCGAACACAGCUCGAACGAACACUUGGCAAAGUAAUUGAUAAUAGCUGGAGAAAAAGAGACCGGAUUUAAUCGAGUCUUGCUGUAAUCUAACGUUUAAGAAGAGAAUGACUCAUUGGUUCCAUCGAAACCCUUUAAAGGGUACAGCUCCUGUUUCAUUCAAUUACUAUGGAGUAGCCACAACUCCAGCUGCGACAAAAAUCUGCAAUGAUUUAAGGUUAUCAAGAGCACGGCUUCUGGAACUUUUUACUGAUUUAAGUUGUAAUCCAGAUAUGAUGAAAAAUGCAACUGAUUCCUAUUUUUCACUCUUGAAAGGUUUUAUAGAUGCACUGGAUAACUCUUCACAGGAUAGUAAACUGAGAUACAUUCAGAAUUUUAAAUGGACCGACACGUUGCAAGGACAAAUACCAAGUGCCCAGCAAGAUGCUGUGUUUGAAUUAAUUUCUAUGGGAUUUAAUGUGGCCUUGUGGUACACUAAAUAUGCAUCAAGAUUAGCUGGGAAAGAAGACAUAACAGAAGAUGAAGCAAAAGAUGUCCACCGCAGUAUGAAAAUAGCAGCUGGGAUUUUCAAACAUUUAAAGGAAAGCUAUAUUCCUAAAUUGAUCACUCCUGUAGAAAAAGGAAGGGAUUUUGAAGCUCGACUAAUAGAUUCCUAUAUUAUCCAAUGUCAAGCUGAAGCACAAGAAGUGACAAUUGCCAGAGCUAUUGAGCUGAAACACAAUCCUGGUCUAAUAGCAGCCUUGGCCUAUGAAACAGCCAAUUUCUAUCAAAAAGCAGAUCAAAUGUUAUCUAGUCUGGAUCCAGCAUAUACAAUGAAGUGGAGAAAAUACCUUCAGUUGAAGUCAUGCUUCUAUAUGGCUUACGCCUAUUGCUACCAUGGUCAGACUCUCUUGGCCAGCGAUAAAUGUGGAGAAUCUAUUAGGUCUCUACAAGAAGCAGAAAAAUUUUAUGCCAAGGCAGAAAAGCUAUGCAAAGAAUAUGGUGAAACCAAAGGGCCAGGGACUACAGCGAAACCAUCUGGACAUCUCUUCUUUAUAAAAUUAGGAACUGUAGUGAAAAAUGCCUUAGAAAAAUCUCAGCGAGAAAAUGGAUUCAUUUACUUCCAGAAGAUUCCUCCAGAGGUUCCCCAACUUGAGCUGAAAGCAAACUAUGGUCUAGUUGAGCCAAUUGCUUUUGAAUUUCCAGCUGUGCAUGCUCAGUGGUCCCCAGAAUCCCUUGCUGCAUUUGAUCUCACCAAAAGGCCAAAGGAGGACAGUGCUAAACCAAAGCCAGAGGAAGAAGUGAAACCUCUAAAAGAACCAGAUAUAAAGCCUCAAAAAGACACCGGAUGCCAGAUCUCAUAAGAUCCUCAGUUGCAAAGAACUACUCCUUGUGACUUCUGUUCUGUAAACUUUAGGGUUAUUGUUGCCUAUCCUGUGUGCUAGUUCUUCUGGCUGCCUUUACUGUAACAAAUACAUUCCUUUUCAACUUUGUAUGUGUGUAUGUGCGUGCGCGCACACACACACGUAUGCGCAUACACACAUGCAUACAUACGUACACACAUCUUUUCAUUGGCUGGGUUGAAUGGCUUUCUUUCAGAAAAAGAAAUUGAAGAGAUUAAAGCUAGAUUGAAAAAAGUUUGGGACCAUAGUGGAAAUUAACAUUUAGAUGAGUAGGCAUUAGAUUCUGGAACAAAUAAAGGUGAAUGCAAGGGAUGAGGUUGAGGCUCUGCGUGGGUUUUUUUAAGGUUUGCACAACAAUGAAGCAAACAAGACAAUAAUGUAUUACUUUGUUUUAAAGACAAAUUAUUCAUGCCUCGAAUUAUUUAGAAUAAACCACAUUACAAGCAAGAGAAAAAUACAUUUGAGCACAGGAAAUUUCUAGACAGUAUAAAUUAAGUCCCUGUAGGAAGGAAUAUAGAUUGCUGCCAUUUUUGCACUUCAAAUUUUACAAAGGAAAUCAUAGCAAAAGUGAUUUCAGGUCUAAUAGUUGAUUUUAUGUGGUCACUCUCUGGGGAGUUACUUUUAAGUACUGCUCUGUCAAACCAGUAAGCAUAUUUUCCUAAAUAAAGGAGGCUUUCCAUAAUAAAUUCUAUUGAUUAAACAUUUAGAUCUAUGACACAAGGUAAUAACUGAAUAUGUGAAAAAAGCCCUGAGUAAAAAGUAUUAAAGCAUGCUAAAAAUAGAGAAAUUGGUGCACAAGGGUGAGUUUUAUUGAUGUAAUUGAAAAGUUAGUUACCAGAAGAUUCAAAAAGAUGAUACCAAGAACAAGUCUCAUUUGGGAAUAAAAACUGAAAUUUUAUCUCUGCUUAUGUCACUUGGUUUCCACCUCUGUUCACGUGUGAGAGAUUUGUCCUGUAAGACUUCAGUAAUAUUGUUUCAUAGUAUACAGAACUACAAACAAGGCUGUUUUGAAUAUUUUUGUGCAGUUACAUUACUAUAUAUCUUCCUUCUAUAUAUACUAACUUGCAAUAUGCAGAUUGUUGGCAACAGUUGUGUAUUUGCUGCCAGCAGAAAACAUUGCUGUUUUUCAGUCUCUGACAUUUAAAAAAAUCAAUAAUAGGUAAGUUAUAGCUAACAUGUUUAAGGACUUUUCACAUGGAAUUUGAUUUCAUAAAUUUUUAAUUUCAAAGUGGAGAAUUCCAGUUAAUGUGUACUUGGUAUAAUUGACAUCAAAUCUGGUAAUUUAUAUAUUGGAUUUGUUUACGUUUAUGGUAACUUCUAUAAACUUCUCUGACUUGUUUUUUUUUUUUUGGACCUAUAUUUGAAGACAGUGGACAUAUUUAAUGUAGUUUAGGGAUAUCACCUAGCACCUAUGGGAAUCCUUCUAAUACCAAAAUGUUUAGGCAUUUAUUUUGCCCCAUUUGUGUUUAUUCAUUAAAUUGAUGUGUUUGUCCUAUUGCAAUCCUAUGUUUUGACUGUCACCAAAAAUCAAGUCAAUAUUUUCCUGCUUACUUGAAAUAAACAAGAUAAAUCAGUCACAAGAAAAUAUUUGAAUUAUGAACAUAAAUAUGUUCUGUAUAUAUUUUACUAGAUAUGUAAAGAUCUUGAGGAUAUCCAAGCACUUCUCAAUAGUGAUAAAAUGGAUCUGAGCUACACAAUGUAUAGUACGGAAUUGUAGUCUUGAUAAACCUAAUUAGUAAUACAUUGUAUGAUGCAUUUCAUUUACAGUUAUUGUACUUUUUGAGAGUUUUUAUUUAUUCAGUUCCACAUAUUUGCGCAGCCAUGUUUUGUUUCUUUAACAGUUGGAUAAAAGGUUACAAUAUUAUCAGUUUCACUAUAAAUACCUUUAAAAAAAGGUUUGCAACAAUUAAAAAAGUAUUACAAAAUAUAAAUGAUCUAAUCUGCAGACAUCAGAUUUUUUUUAAUGUAUUUAUUUUUUGAGGGAAGGAUUCAGAAAGUCAUCUUGCUGUGGUAAAAACAUUUUGUUGCAUCACUGUUAAGGUUUCCCAGGAAAUUAUUGGUUAACAAUAUGGUAAAUAACAGAUACUGUCAGAAUUGCUAAAUUUUAAAAAGCGUGGACCUAAUCAAUAAUUAGGAUGGAAACAGGGAAGCUUACAAAAAAUUGGAAGUUGAAGUAUGUUUAUUUUUAAAAGGCUUCCUAACACAUCUACAAUUAGAAUGUAAUAUUUGUGACAAUUCAACUAUUUUAAAUUAUUUUCGUUGCGUGUGCAUGCAUACACACAUGGGCACACAAAUCCAGACAUAUCUUCCCACACACAAUUCUGUCUUUUUCUGAAAACUCCCCAGUUAUAUUAUGUUUAGAAUAUGAAUAAAUUAAUUUUAAUGCUUGGCCAUUGCAGUAUGCAGACAAAUGCAUCUUCACAUGCUAUUUGAUUGUUGUUGCAUUUUGUCCUGAUCCUGGCCUUUAGGCUUUAAUUAUAUCAAUAAAUAUAAAUUAAAGUACUCCUUGUUUGAUUUUUCAAAAUAAAAUAUUUACCAUUA